AUGGCCGGGGGCGGGGGCGGCAAGGGCCGCUACUGCUGGCUGCCGCCCGCUUUUUGGUUUGAGAGCAGACCCGGCCUGGCGGGUGACAGCGAAACCCUGGCUCAGCCCCCGCCGCCACCGGCGCAGACGUCGCCGGGCCCGGGGAAGGUGGGCACUGGCCCCAACCGCCGCCUGGGCGGCGUCCGCGGGGCCGCAUUGUCAUCACCCCCAGGGCGACGGGCCCGCUUGUCGACCCCCGGGACCAGUGGUCCAUCCGUCGAGGCCCGCGAGGAGCUGCGGCGCCGCCUCCAGGGCCUCAUAGAAGGCAACCGCGUGAUGAUCUUCAGCAAGAGCUAUUGUCCACAUAGCACCCGGGUUAAAGAACUCUUUUCUUCUUUGGGAGUUGGAUAUAAUAUCUUGGAACUUGAUCAAAUUGAUGAUGGGGCCACUGUUCAAGAAGUUCUGUCAGAGAUUACUAAUCAGAGAACUGUCCCCAAUAUUUUUGUGAAUAAAGUACAUAUGGGUGGAUGUGACAGAACUCUUCAGCAUGGUCUUGGGGGUACCUGUGUAAAUGUAGGCUGUAUUCCUAAGAAACUGAUGCAUCAAGCUGCCCUUUUGGGGCAGGCAUUACAUGACUCAAGGAAAUUUGGCUGGGAGUAUAAUCAACAAGUUAAGCACAACUGGGAGACCAUGAUAGAAGCAAUUCAAAACUACAUAGGCUCUUUAAAUUGGGGUUACAGGUUGUCGUUGAGGGAAAAUGCUGUGACCUAUGUCAAUUCCUACGGAGAAUUUGUUGAACAUCAUAAAAUAAAGGCAACCAAUAGAAAAGGACAAGAAACUUACUAUACUGCUGCAAAAUUUGUGAUAGCAACAGGUGAAAGGCCACGGUAUUUAGGAAGCCAAGGAGAUAAAGAAUACUGUAUUACUAGUGAUGACCUUUUUUCUCUGCCUUACUGCCCUGGCAAAACUUUAGUUGUGGGUGCAUCUUAUGUGGCUCUGGAAUGUGCAGGAUUUCUUGCUGGAAUUGGUUUAGAUGUCACAGUUAUGGUGCGUUCAAUCCUUCUUCGUGGCUUUGAUCAAGAAAUGGCAGAAAAAGUGGGUUCCUACAUGAAACAACAUGGUGUUAAAUUCUUAAGAAAAUUUGUACCUGUGAUGAUUCAACAGUUGGAAAAAGGUUCACCCGGAAAGCUGAAAGUAGUGGCUAAAUCCACUGAAGGACCAGAAACUAUUGAAGAAAUAUAUAACACAGUUUUGUUAGCAAUUGGUCGUGACUCCUGUACAAGAAAAAUUGGCUUGGAGAAGAUAGGUGUGAAAAUCAAUGAGAAGAGUGGCAAAAUACCAGUAAAUGAUGUGGAACAAACCAAUGUGCCCUAUGUCUAUGCUAUUGGGGACAUUUUGGAGGGUAAACCAGAGCUCACUCCUGUAGCCAUACAGGCAGGCAAGCUGUUAGCUCGAAGACUUUUUGGAGGCCGUUUAGAAAAGUGUGAUUAUAUUAAUGUUCCAACGACAGUGUUUACUCCUUUGGAAUAUGGUUGCUGUGGAUUGUCUGAAGAGAAAGCUAUUGAAGUAUAUAAAAAAGAAAAUCUAGAAGUAUAUCACACUUUGUUUUGGCCUCUUGAGUGGACAGUAGCUGGCAGAGACAAUAAUACUUGUUAUGCAAAGAUAAUAUGCAAUAGACUUGACAAUGAUCGAGUAAUAGGACUUCAUAUUCUUGGACCAAAUGCUGGUGAAGUUACCCAAGGAUUUGCAGCUGCAAUGAAAUGUGGUCUCACAAAACAGCUACUCGAUGGCACCAUUGGAAUUCACCCCACUUGUGGGGAGAUAUUCACAACUUUGGAAAUCACAAAGUCAUCGGGACUAGAUAUCACUCAGAAAGGCUGCUGA